UGAAAACACACUUCUCAGAAAUGAUCAAAAAGUGACGCCCGGUCAGGGACUGAUGUGCGCGCGAGCGCCUGUGUGUGAUCGACACGAGUGUCUUUCGGAACUUUUCUGUGUUUUUUCUUCGGCUCCUGUUGCGUUUCGUACGAGCUGUAACGUUAACAUCAGCCAGAGCUAAAAACACAACGAAACACUCAGGAAUUCACAAAAGAAGACAACAUCACGACAAGAACAGUUAAAAUCGAAAGAAAACAGAGAAAUAAAGAGAAAAGAAAGCUAAGUAGAGGGUGAAUUCAUGCAUGUGAAGGGGUGUAACGGUAGAGGAACAGUUAGCUGGGUGAUAACAGAGACCAGACGACCACCACACAGUCUUCUAUACAUUAACCUAAAAACAACGUUCAUGGUAACUUUAACGUUCGUAAAUCACAGCAAAUCGCUCCACAAUUAAUUUAUUCCGAUAAACAUGAUACAUUUUCAUCUGUCAAAGCCAAGCAUGACUGAACUGCUUCAAUUCGUUAAAGGUAUUCAGACGUGUUCAUGUUAUAUGUCAUUAGUUCUCUUUGUCAUUUUCAUCAGUUAUUGCCUAAACAGAUGCCAGUUGUGAAUUUCAAGUUUGUGACGCUGUGGUGUGACGUCAUUAUGGCCGGUUUAUUCAGACUGUGGCGAUAUUGAUGAUCAUCACUGUACAACGGAACCGCGUUUUUGCAUUGUGACAUUCGCAUAACCGUUCUUUACUGUUCUUCUGUGGUUGUUUCAUUGUUGAAGCUUUCCAGGAGAUUUGAUGGAAUUCUCAGCCUUAAGGCUAAAAUACACUACAAGACUUUUGCUCAGAUUUUCAGUCUGGACUUGUUGCAGAAAGUCUGUGCCAGUCUGCAGAUUUGAUCAGUUAGUGUGAUUCUAUCUGAAACUUUCAAAAAGUCUGCAAGUGUAUGAUGUCUAAUUAAAAAAAAUAUCUGUUCAGAUUUUAAAAGGCUUUUCCAGCCGUUAGUCUCAGAUGUUUCUCCUAUAAUUGUGUAGGAGAAAUAAAAAAGAAUCAAACGAAAGUGUAAUUGUUGGAACACAUGACGAGUAUGGAGUGUAAAAUGAAUGUAGAUUGCAGAGAUAAAAUAAUCUGGAUUUGGGUGAAUGUGAUGAGAAAUGUUUGAGUUGAUAUUGAGAUCUUCAAUAAUAUUGACUUUUGAUUGCAGACUUGACAAAUCUGAGCUCAGUUUGACACAUUGUUGACAUCUCUUCUCAAAGUCUAAUGACAGAGACAUUUGUGACAUUGCUGACUCUUUUUCUCAGGAGAAACAUCUGAGACACAGAUGAGACUUUACUCUUCAUUUAAUUUCAUUGAUGGUUAAGAGAAAUAACUGUGAUAUAUAAGAGAUCAUCUGUGAUUUUUCUGUGCUGAUGAAUCUGCUCAACACUUGUGAAUGUGUUACUGCUCGAGAUCUUCGGUCGUCCUUGAGUCUCAUCUGAGCUGAUUGUGUGUUUGUCAGGAUCAUUUUCAGCAUCUUCAUUCUUCACUCAUGUGUCUUGUGUAUAUUUUCUCUUCUUAACAUCAUGUUUCGGCUUACGUAAAAGGACAGAACGUUUGUGUAACAGACUGCUUAUGAAAGCAUAUGAUGUGAAAAAAACAAACCAUCUUUCAUCAAAUGAUGUACUGCAAAAACAUAAAGAUCUCUCAGACUGGAUGAAGAUCAUUUUUAUGUAUCUGUGCAAUUUUUUCAGAACUAUUGAUUCAUGCAUUCUUUUUCUCUUUUAAUUAUAAGCCAUGAACUCAACUAGAAUCAGAGCAUUAUAAAUAGUUUAUGAAAAACAAAAGUACACUAGUGUUCAUGAGUUUUCAUUCAGAGGGACAGAGAAGCGGUGAAUGAUGUCACAGUGUCUUGGUUGGGUCUGAUGAAUGAGUCUUAUAGAGUGUUAUUAUGGGUAAUUAUGGUCUGAUUAGUCUCAAUUAGCUGAAUGCGGAGGUACAGCAGAGCCUGAGAUUGCUAUCAUCAGGGACGCGAAAGGAAAUGACACGCUGCGAAUCAGACGAAUGUGGUUUGCAUUUAUAUUCAUUAUAAUUUACGCAGCAGACGGCCGCGUACCAAACGUACAGAAAAAAACUCUAUAAAUCACAGCCAUUGUUGCUGUCUGUAUUUUUUAGCUCAGAAGAAUCCUGUCAGAUGAUCACUGAUCAUUUCAAUCUGAUCUCAACCGUGCACUGAUUACAUAAAUCGCUGUUUCUCAUUUCACUGUUUGCAUUGAGGUCUUACAAGCACAACAGCAGAAAAACAGCAUCUUCAAAUGAUGUUUAUCACUCAAUAUUUAGCAUUUUUUCGUCUGAUACAGCCAUAAUUCAAUAGUGUAUUCGAUUAAAAGUGACUCAGUGCUGGUGGUACACAUCUGUGAGUGUGUGUGAGCAUUCAGAUGGGGAAGUGUUUGUAGUUCACUGAUGUAUCGGUUCCUCACCGCACACUCAGUAGCGUCCUGCUUUUCAAAGGGCGUCUCUGGGGUGUUGUUGUCAUAGUAACCAGCGACCCCGAGGGCUCACCUGCAUCUGGUCCCUCAUGACCUGAACACACUCGAACCUGGACACACACAGAUUCACACACAUUCGACACGGACGCAAUGAAGAGCUCUUUACAGCCCGCUUACAGCCGCUGGUCAUACAGGUACACACGCACGCAAACACACACACACACACACACACACACACACACACACACACGUGAAACAGAGGUUUAGUAAGGAAAUGUGCUUGUGUAAAGUUCUACAGGUUUGUGUUUAAUAUGAAAGUGUGAGUUCUCAGGAGAACAGUUGUGUGUUUGCAGUAAUUGACAGUGUUAUGAUUGGACUGUUGUUGACUGUUUAGUGUACUGAAUGUUUCUUCACAAGUAAGUGAGUGUAGAUAAUGUUUGUGUUGUGUUGAUCUCUAAUGAGAGCUGCAGACCCACAGAGAACCGAAGUUUCCACCCGUCACACUCACCUGUGGAUUAUUAGUUCUUUCUCUCUCUCUCUCUCUCUCUCUCUCUCUUUCUUUCUGUAUUUCUCUCUCUCUCUCUCUCUUGUCAUGUGUGUGUUAUGUGCUGUUACCUCAAGCGCAGGACAGGUAACCACGGCUACACAGGUGUCACAUCAGACACUAGAGUGUGUCAUCUUACCUCGGUCACACAUGAAACAUUCAUACAGACCCUCAAGUUCAUCUAGCUUCGCGUCCACCACCAUGACCAGCACAAUGGAGGACGACAGUCUGAGUCUCAGACAGCAGAAGCUGGAGAAACAGAGGGCGCUGUUGGAACAGAAACAGAGGAGGAAACGUCAGGAGCCACUGAUGGUUCAACCCAAUCCAGAGGGACGGCCGAGGCGCUCACGGCCCCGCCGCUGUGAGGAGCAGGCGCCCCUCGUAGAACCUCGCGUCAACACGGCCAGUGACAUCAUCUUAGACGGUAUUGACGGGCCAGCGGCACUGCUGGGUUCAGAGGGUCUAGAUCUGGGCAGUAAAAUCCAGGUUUUCAAUCCCGUCAUUCAACCACAACAGCCGUCCCCCCCAACCACAGAAGAGCUCGAGACAGACGCAGAUACUGAAACACUGCUCGAACCCAAAACAGACAUACACACACUACUGCAGAGACGCGGACUCUCUGGCAGCAUGAACUACGAUGAGGCGAGUGAAGAUGAUGAAGAUGAUGAGAGAAGCCGCUCUCUCUCUCCACACACUGAAAGCACGCGGCCCGCAUCAGCGUCCAGCAAUAAAUCCACCACGGAGUGUGUUCCUCUAAAUUCCCCGACCGCUGAGGGCUCCUCCAUCGAGGUGGAUAAUCUGGAGGAGUUCGUGCUCCGUCCGGCUCCGCGGGGAGUGACGGUCAAGUGUCGCAUCUCACGGGAUAAGAAGGGCAUGGACCGCGGCCUCUACCCCACGUACUUCAUGCACCUCGAGAGGGAAGAUGGCAAGAAGGUGUUUUUAUUGGCUGGACGGAAGAGGAAAAAGAGCAAAACAUCAAACUAUCUGAUCUCAGUAGACGCCACAGAUCUGUCCCGCGAGGGCGAGAGCUUUAUAGGAAAACUGAGGUCUAAUCUGAUGGGAACUAAGUUCACGGUCUAUGAUAACGGCACAAACCCCACGAAAAACCCUGGAGCUCUGCUGGAGGAGAACAACACGCGACAGGAGCUCGCGGCUAUCAGCUAUGAGACUAAUGUUUUAGGAUUCAAGGGCCCACGGAAGAUGACGGUGAUUAUUCCUGGCAUGAACAUGAAUUUUGAACGGGUUCCGGUUCGGCCCACAUGUGAGCAGGAGUCUCUGCUGAAUAAAUGGCAGAAUCACUCACUGGAGAAUCUGAUAGAGCUACACAAUAAAGCCCCGGUGUGGAACGACGACACACAGUCCUACGUGCUAAACUUCCACGGCAGGGUCACGCAAGCCUCCGUCAAGAACUUUCAGAUAGUCCACGACAACGACCCCGACUACAUUGUUAUGCAGUUUGGCCGGGUGGCAGAAGACAUCUUUACUCUGGACUUUAACUACCCCAUGUGUGCGCUGCAGGCCUUUGCCAUCGGCCUGUCCAGCUUUGACAGCAAACUUGCCUGCGAGUGACCCCUUGACCUGUUACCCAGCUCAACGCGUCUCUUCAUGAAACACACGCACAUCUCCUGCGCUCAGGACACAAGAUCACAAUUCACCUGUCCUCCCUGUGGACGGCAGGUGAAUGGAGGAUUUGUGAAAACUGACAAGCUGAAUUAUGUUCUGUAAGAGAAACACAUGAAAUCAUCUUUUCUUGCCUGUGCAAACAGGAACAGUUUGAUGAUACUGAUGGUGUUUUUUAAGAUAUUGUCCUGAAUGAUCUUCCAAAAAAGAAUACACGCUCACCAAAUACUUUAAUGGAGCAACAGAGAAAAAAACUGAAGAAUAUUUUAGGUUUUCAAUUGAUCUCCUCUGUGCUGUUCUUAUGGAUUUGAAGCAGAAAUUGAUAUCAUGAAUCACAGAAAGUUUGUCAAUAAUAUACUUGAGUUAUAUUUUGUAUUUAAGCCUGUUACUAUGACCAUUGAGGUCUUUUUGCAUUAAGACAUUAUUUGGCAUAAAUUGAUCAAUUUUAACCCUCAUUUUGGUGUUUGUGUAAUGCAAGGAAAUCACUCUGCUUACCGUAAUGCAAUGAAACAAAAGUUAUACUUUAUUUUUGGCAGUAGAAUUAGUUGUACUGGCUCAAAUUACAUAAAAACAGUAAUGUUUUGCUUAUAUACUGCACUAAACAGUACUAAAUUAUUGUAUUACAAUAAUGAGCAUUAUUGUUAAUGUCAAUGCAAUACAUGUAAAUAAUGUCAAAAUGCAAAAUAUGCUUCAUUCUUUAUAUAAAGUAUGUUAUUACAUAUUGUAAUUUGAAACUGGGCAUGUUUUUGCUCAAGUUCACCCGUUUACUUUUAUUAUUAGGACGACAUUCAUGUAUUUCUACAUUUGUGUCAGUGGUCUGGACUUUUUUGCCUUUUAGUUAUUGAAUCUUGAUUUCAGAGAUGUCAAAGAAAACUUCAAACAUGUCCUCCAGACAAAAGAGGAGAAACGUGUUUCUUGUUUCGUGUUUCGGUUAUGUUACCUUAAGAAAAGUGUUUUCUUCACUGUGUGCUUGUGUUCACCUUGUAAAACUGACACACAUUUCUUAUAGUUAUUACGGCUGCUGCAUGGAUUGUGAAAGUUGCCUUAAUGUUGCUGUGGUGUAAAUAGUGCCUGAAUACUGUCACAAGAGUGCUUACAUCAUGAGAAACUGUCGAAAAACAUUCAAGCACAUUUGUUGUUUCUUAGUGUGUGAGCUGUUGUUUUUAUUUGUGUGAUUGAUGUUUGUGUAGAUAUUCAUCAUGUUGUGUCAGUCGGCCCAGAAUGUACUUAUUAAAAACAAUCCCUUUUUAUUUCACACCCAUAACCAAUUUGCACAAACUUUAUUUUUUUGUUGUGGAAACAAUUUUUAAAGAUCAUAAUAUUAAACAAACAAAUUACCUGGCUCUUAA